CUACCAGAAAUCUUUAACAAUUUGCUUGAAGUCUUCUUAUUAGGCUCAGGUACAUAAACAGCGCCUAACUUCGCCCAAAGGACAUCAGGGGGGUUACUCUGUAAGGCGUUUCGCAAGUGAAAAAGCUCGUAAAUGAAAAAAAGCAACUCUGUAAGGCGACAAGCGCAUUGGAAAUUUCGUUUUGCGCACUUAUUUUUACCCCUUCGCAAUGGCAGCACUCUGUAUUGCGUAAACGACUGUCAAAUCUGUGCGUUUAACGUAUUUUUGAUUCGAUAUCAAACUGGCAAACGCAACGGACAAAAAAUGUAAGUUUAUAAGGCAUAUUUGUAGUUUUAAUUAAAAAAUAAAUUAUUUAACAGGGAAAAAUAAACAGACAAACCCAACACAGUUCGAAAUUUUAAUCAAUUUUAUGAAUACACAUUCGGAACUUUCCAAAGGACAACUUAAAACUGUGGACGCGAAAAAUGCAGCAAAUAAUUUGUGGAAAGAGUUGGUAUGUGACCUUAAUGCUGCGGGGCCACCAUCGCGCGAUGUUUUAAAAUGGAAAAAGGUUUGGUCGGAUUAUAAAACCCAUUUAAAAGCAAAAAUGCGGCGGAACAAAGUAAGUAUUUCUGGAACUGGUGGUGGUCCUCCAAGUCAUUGCUCCUUAACACCGUUGGAGGAGCAGGUUAGUGAACUUCUGGCAAUGGAAAUAUCCGUCAGUGGAAUAAGCGGCACCUCAGAAUUUGGUGCAGCACAAUUAACACAACCAAGUGGGUCAGACAUCACAACCGACGAAUUCCGACAGAAUGAACCAACGCCAGUGGAUGAAAUGCCACAUUGUUCACGACAAAGAGUCGCUCCGCAAAAGAAAGAUAGCCUUUUAAAUAAGCAGGUGGAUAACCAAAUCGCUUAUCACAAAGGCUCAUUAAAAGUGUUAUCUGAAAUUAAUGAAAAUCUGAAGAUAAUUUCAAAAUGUAUGAAAAAAAAACAUAAAAUGGCUAAAAGAAAAUAUAAAUUGGCUGUUGAAAAAUUCGAACACAAAAAAAGGAUUGAUUUGGACAAAACAAAACUAAAAUAUGCAACACUAGAACUAAAAAAGCAAAUGCUUGAAAUUGAACGGUGCGGCCAAUAAAAAUAUUGUAUUUUAGUUAUUGAUAUUGAAGUCUGUUACUUUUUUGUAAUACUUACUGAUAAUUACUUAUUUAUUAUAUUAAUAGUUUAAAUGAAUUGUUUUGAUUUAAAAACGUAUUUUGUGUUGAUGUGAUAGUUUUUACUUUUUAUUACAUACAAGUAUGUAAUACUUACAUAUAUAGAUAUGUAUACACAUGUGCAAGAGACUAAAGCUUUAUAUCAUUAAUGUGAAUUUUAAUCAAAUAAAUGUGAAAAUGUGAAAAAUUAAAAUGUUUACUUAACUAAAUAGUGUUAUAUGGUUAUUAAGUAGUCAUACUGUUUUUUAUUUGAUCCCUUAAACGUUUAGCAAUAUUGGUUUCAUUCGCAUUUCCUAUGGUUUCAGUAUAACUAGCAUCGACUUCUUCAACUUCUAUUGCUAUAUUGGCAGGUGAUUCCACAUUAAAAAGAGUGCAAAUAUUAUGAAGAGCACAACAUACGUUCAAAAUUUGCACCACUU